AAAAAAAAAACCACCCUUCGGUCCCUGGAAGAUCCUCUUCAAUCUUCCCCGCCUUCACUCUCUUCUCCAAAAGUCAUCAACCAGGAGACAGGGAACCCUAAAAUGGCCUCCGAGAACAAAUCCAAGUCCAGGAAUGGUAGCAGCAGCAGCAACAACAACAACAAUAACAACAAGAAGAGGAAGAACAGAUAUCUCCCCCAAAACAGACCUGUGAAGAAGGGUGGGUACCCAUUACGCCCGGGAGUGCAGGGAUUCUUCAUCACUUGCGAUGGUGGGAGGGAACGCCAAGCCUCUCAUGAAGCCAUUGACGUUAUUGACUCUUUCUAUGAAGAACUGAUUCAUGGGAAGGCUUCAGGUGUAAAAUGUGGACAGUUAGCCAAUAAAUCUCUGAAUAAAAAGACUAAAUUCACGUAUUCAGAUUCUUCUAGUAGUGACAAUGACGACGACGAUGCUGGCAAUGAUAAUGAUAGUGAAACUGAUGAUCAGAAGGACAAGGAAGAUGAGAAAGAUAAACCAGAAUCUCAUGAAGAUGGUGAUGCAAAUCUUGAAAGUUCCAUAAAUGCAGACUCAAAUCCUCAUAAACUGGAAAAAAAUAAAGACGAUAGUAAAGAGGAUGCUACUUGUGAUGAAAGUCAAACAGUGGAAGGUGAUGUUCUGCCAGCUAAGAGACAAUGCGUAGAACCGACUGCAUCUGGAUGUGGAGAUGUCACAAGUAACAAAAAGGAGGAGAUGUCCGUGGACAGAUUAAUUGAAGCAGAACUUGAAGAGUUGGGAGACAGAAACAAGAGGCGUUUUAACAACCUUGAUUCAGGUUGUAAUGGGGUCGUCUUUCUUCAAAUGAGAAAGAGAGACAAGGACCCAAGCCCCAAGGAUAUUGUGCAACACAUGAUGUCGUCGGUUUCCUCAACCAGGAAACAUAUGUCAAGGUUCAUGUUAAGAGUGCUACCUGUCGAAGUGACAUGCUAUGCUUCGGAAGAGGAAAUUACUAGAGCAAUCAAACCACUCAUAUCGCAAUAUUUUCCUGUGGAAACUCAAACUGCAAUCAAGUUUGCAGUACUGUAUGAAGCCCGGGCAAAUACUGGAAUAGAUAGAAUGAAAAUCAUCAAUGCAGUUGCAAAAUCUGUUCCUGCACCUCACAAGGUUGAUCUCAACAAUCCAGAUAAGAACAUUGUGGUUCAAAUUGCAAAGACUGUGUGCUUGAUGGGCGUUGUUGAAAAAUACAAGGAACUAGCCAAGUAUAAUCUGAGGCAGCUGACAUCACCCAAACCAUAGUCUCGAUAUACUUUUUUGUGUUGCUUUCUAGUUUUUUUUUUUAAUCAUUAGUUGCUUUCUAGUUUGCUGUGCUACUUAUUGGUAUUUAGAUUUUACUAUUAUCUUGUCGUCUGUGGGGAUUGGUUGAAUUUCCAAUAUGAAUGAAAUAUCUUGGAUUUUA